GGAGCGAAAGCUGGCGCUGAUUGGCUCGCGCUUCUGCCCCGCCCACCAGUAAGGAGCAGUCACGUGACGCGACGGCUGGGGGCUCCCGGCGCGGGGGACGCUGGUGGCCAAGAUGGCGGCGGAACUGGUGGAGGCUAAAAACAUGGUGAUGAGCUUCCGAGUAUCCGACCUGCAGAUGCUUCUGGGCUUCGUGGGCCGCAGCAAGAGCGGGCUGAAGCAUGAGCUGGUGACGCGGGCACUGCAGCUGGUACAGUUCGACUGCAGCCCCGAGCUCUUCCGGAAGAUCAAGGAGCUGUACGAGACACGCUACGCCAAGAAGAACACGGAGCCGGGCCCACCGCCUCCGCCACCCCGGCCGCUGGACCCCCUGGCACUGCACACAGUGCCCAGGACUGCCCUGCCGGGGCCCAACAUGGACUACCCAGUGCUCUACGGGAAGUACUUGAACGGACUUGGGCGCCUGCCCGCCAAGCCUCUCAAGCCAGAAGUGCGCCUGGUGAAGCUGCCCUUCUUCAACAUGCUGGAUGAGCUGCUCAAGCCCACCGAGCUAGUCCCACAGAACACAGAGAAGCUCCAGGAGAGCCCCUGCAUCUUCGCCUUGACACCGCGGCAGGUGGAGCUGAUCCGGAACUCCAGGGAGCUGCAGCCCGGAGUAAAGGCUGUGCAGGUUGUGCUCAGAAUCUGUUACUCCGACACCAGCGGUCCCCAGGAGGACCAGUACCCCCCAAACAUUGCUGUGAAGGUCAACCACAGUUACUGCUCUGUGCCUGGCUACUACCCCUCCAACAAGCCUGGUGUGGAGCCUAAGAGGCCCUGCCGCCCCAUCAACCUCACCCACCUCAUGUACCUGUCCUCGGCCACCAACCGCAUCACUGUCACGUGGGGCAACUAUGGCAAGAGCUACUCCGUGGCACUGUACCUGGUGCGACAGCUGACUUCCUCGGAGCUGCUGCAGAGGUUGAAGACCAUUGGCGUCAAACACCCUGAGCUCUGCAAAGCCCUGGUCAAGGAGAAACUGCGCUUGGACCCUGACAGUGAGAUUGCCACCACAGGCGUGCGGGUCUCCCUCAUAUGCCCGCUGGUGAAGAUGCGGCUCUCCGCACCCUGUCGGGCGGAAACCUGUGCCCACCUGCAGUGCUUCGACGCCGUCUUCUACCUGCAGAUGAAUGAAAAGAAGCCCACCUGGAUGUGUCCAGUGUGUGACAAACCGGCCCCCUAUGACCAGCUCAUCAUAGAUGGGCUGCUGUCACGGAUCCUGAGCGAGUGUGAGGACGCAGAUGAGAUUGAGUUCCUGGCAGAUGGCUCAUGGCGCCCGGUGCGCGCAGAGAGGGAGCCGAGCUGCAGCCCACAGGGCCCCAUCCUGGUGCUGGGCACUGCGGAUGCCAACGGGCUCCUGCCAACCCCCAGUGUGACGAGUGGAGGCAGUGUGGUGCCAGGUGUGGGCAGCGGGUCCAGUACAACGGGAAGCGUGGAGAACGGAAAGCCAGGCGCAGAUGUGGUGGACCUCACCCUGGACAGCUCAUCAUCUUCUGAGGAAGAAGAAGAAGAAGAAGAGGAGGAGGAUGAGGAUGAGGAGGGCCCCCGGCCUAAGCGCCGCUGCCCCUUCCAGAAGGGCCUAGUACCAGCCUGCUGACCGCGCGGCCUGGCGCUGUGGAGGGCGCGGGAGGAGGGAGCCCACCUUCCCUUCUGCUCUGUUGUCUUACUUCCCCAGCUCCUGGUCCAGACCUCUGGACUCUUCUCCGGGGGACUAAAAACAGUAAAAUGACAAAACAGAAAAGUACAAAAAAAAAAAAAAGACAGACAAAAACAAACAAACAAACAAACAAACAAAACAACGGAAACUUUUGAAAAAACAAGGCAAGCCACCCACACAGCUGCCUCCCCGGUGAGUCCAGGCUGAGACCGCUGGACUGGGAGGGCUACGGCAGGGACCCAGGAUGCUGCACCUUCGUCCUCAAGGAUGCCCGGCACCUUCCCAGCCGGUGCAGGGACCACAGGGUGGGUGUUGGGGGCGGCCUGUGCUUUGGUUCCUUGCUUUUCCCUGCAGUGGCGUCCUUGUCCAGGCCUGGAGCCUGGUACACUGGGUGCCAGCAUUUUAGCUAAGAAGCCAUGGAGGGGCCUACGGGCCAGGGAGGGUCGCCACACAUGUGCAAUAAGCGUGCAGAGGCAGGUGGGCGGGCGUGGACACGCGGUGCUGCCCCGUGGGGCAUGGGGGGGAGGGUCUCAGUUUUCUAGCCAGCUACCUCGGUAACUCCAAUUCAGGUUAACUUCCCUAUGAGCAGCCCAGCUGCCUCCCUGUGCCAUCAGCACGUCCUGAGGCAUGGGACAAGGGGCUCUGCGGCUGGCUGUGCCCCUCACCUUGCUCUUGCAUUUCCCAUGGGCACCAGGCUUGCCAGGCCCCUCUUCCCUGGGAGCUUCAUUCUUCCAACGGAACAGCCCACCCACCACCACACCAGCCCUGGUCCCACCAAGGGGAUCUUCAGGUGGUCCUAACCUCUAGGAUCCCUGGGGUAGCCCCAUAGGCUGCCUCGCUGUGUGCUGUCCCCUCCCAACCCGCUGAUUCUCUGUCCACGCAGAACUCCAGUCAGGAAGCAAUACCUACAGGUUCAGGUCUAGAGCGGGGAUGUGGUCCAGGGCAGGCUGGUCACUAUGAACUUACCAGGUGGCCCAGCGCCCAGCCGGCUUUGCACGGGCAGCCGAGGUGGGCUCCAUUUUCUAAUAUUUGUAUUCUAAUUUAAUUGUUUUUAAAAAAUGCAAAUAAAAAAGGUCAAGGUGAA